UCGGAGUUGGAAACCAAGGUGCAGCGACCCGCAGUGUACAAACUGAUCGAGAGAAGAAAAAAAAUAAUCCUCGAAGUCACAAAGACCUCUGCUGCUGUGAGAAACCACCUGUGGUUCCGACUUCUACCUGUAACUUCCAAAGUCUUCUCAAAAUGGCCGUGAUGCUGAAACCAUGGACGGUGCUGGUGGCCGUAGUGCUGUGUGUGCUGGUGUGUCUGGGAACGCUGGCAGACGCCUACCCCCCAAAACCUGAAAACCCUGGUGAAGACGCCCCACCCGAAGAGCUGGCAAAGUACUACACCGCCCUGAGACACUACAUUAAUCUGAUCACCAGGCAGAGGUAUGGAAAACGUUCAACUCAGGAGGAUGUGGUUGCAGAGCUGCUGUUUGGUGGCGACAGCAACAGAGACCAGAGAUCAAGAUACGACGACUCCUACAUGUGGUGACUCCGCCACCCCUCAUCCUCCUCAUCAGGCAUUCCCUCUGGGUGCAUCCCACAAUGCACCUGGAGGGGCCGACAUGUGCCUCUCACCUCUGACCCCUGAACCCGACCCCAACCAAUGACCAUCACUGAUCGGAACACAAGCUUUCUCUGUCUCUCUUGUCACUGUCUCACAUCUCUCUCAUUACAACAAAAUUGUACAUAAUUUAUUAUUGAAAUAAAAUAUAUAUAUAUAUGAGAUCAGAGCUACUAAUCAGAAGGUGGAACUGUGUCUGUGUGUAUGUGUGAGCAUUAACGUCCCUCUACUGUCCAACACUGUUUAGAGGAGGAAAUUCUUGUUUUACUGUUGCUACUGUAAAAAAGUAACAUCAGAAUAAAUUAAUAAAAACA